CUCUUUACCGUACAGUCAAAGCGGAGAGAGAAGCACGGAAACGCCCGACACCCUCCAAACUAAUUCAACAGGGCAAAGGCAGAAGUAACUGGAGGGACCGAACGCAUCCGUGAUUUGUUUGUGGAAAUAGCGGCGCUCAUGGCGGCAGCUUGACUCUUUUCGGAGGGUCACUUGAGUGGAUUUUAGUGGGGAAAAACUCGCGUGUUGGAUGUCAGUCAGAAGAAUGAUGGAUGCGCUCAGAUUGUCGACCGCUCUUCUUCUCCUUCUGUCUUUAUGCAGCUUUGGAAGCGCUAUACAGUUUCCCGACUCAUUUCUGACCCGGAAAUGGGCAGAAAAGAUGCAGGAAGACCUCGUGCAGUUGAUCGAUACUGAGAGCGGUAUAAAAGAGCUCAAAAAAGUUUUCAAUGAUUUUCAGAGACAUUAUACUGUGAGGCAAAACAAUCCUCGACAACUGGUGGAAAAAGCAUCACAUGAAAUUGAAGAAUUUCUAGCCAAUCGCUCCAAAGCUCUAGAAGCGCUGGCGACCGCUGCCGAGAACCUGCAGAAGGAGCACCAGUGGAAAGAAGAUCUUGAUGUGAAUGAGACCAUCUACUACAAUGCCAAGGACAAGUGUGAUAAUCUGACAGAACCAAGGAAGAACCAGCUCAUACUGGAUUUCACAGAAGAUCCUGCUUUCAAGCGGCCCGUUUCAUACAACACCACAGCAGUGCACAUUCCUACUGAUAUCUAUGAGGGCUCCACUAUCAUCCUGAAUGAGCUGAACUGGACGGCGGCUCUGGAUGACGUCUUCAGGAAGAACAAAGAGGAUGAUCCAUCGCUCCACUGGCAGGUGUUCGGCAGUGCAACAGGCCUGGCACGAUAUUUCCCAGCUUCCCCUUGGGUCGACUCUAAAAACAAGAUUGACCUGUAUGAUGUGCGCCGCAGGCCCUGGUAUAUUCAGGGUGCAGCUUCACCUAAGGACAUGCUGAUCUUGGUGGACGCGAGUGGAAGUGUGUCAGGCCUGACGCUGAAGCUCAUUCGCACCUCAGUCAGCGAGAUGCUGGAGACUCUCUCAGAUGACGAUUACGUCAACAUCGUCUCUUUCAACAAUUCAGCCAAGUCGGUGGCCUGUUUUGAAAACCUGGUCCAAGCGAACGUCCGCAAUAAGAAGACUUUGAAGGAGGCAGUUCAGAAGAUCACUGCCAAUGGCACCACUGACUAUAAAAUCGGCUUCAAGGAGGCUUUCAACCAGCUGGCUUCUAUGAAUGUUUCAAGAGCAAAUUGUAAUAAAAUCAUCAUGUUAUUCACUGAUGGAGGGGAGGACAAAGCUUCAGAGAUCUUUGAUGAGUACAACUCUGACAAGAGGGUUCGAAUCUUCACCUUUUCUGUGGGCCAACAUAACUAUGACAAGGCACCAAUACAAUACAUGGCUUGCCAUAACAAAGGUUAUUAUUAUGAGAUCCCAUCGAUUGGAGCCAUCAGGAUCAACACGCAGGAGUACCUGGAUGUUUUGGGCAGACCAAUGGUGAAAGCAGACAAGAAAGCUAAAAAUGUGCAGUGGACCAACGUUUAUGUGGAUGCUUUGGAAUUGGGCCUGGUGGUUACAGGAACUCUUCCAGUGUUCAAUAAGACCAGGACCAGUCGAGAAAAGCCUAAGGGUAAGAACCUGGGUCCGAGUCAGAUGAUUUUGGGAGUGAUGGCCAUAGACGUGUCUCUGGACGACAUCAAGAGACUGACUCCACAUUACACUCUUGGGCCAAAUGGAUAUUACUUCGCCAUCGAUCCCAACGGCUACGUCCUACUUCAUCCCAACCUUCAACCAAAGGAUCUCAAGUCUCAGGAACCUGUGACGCUGGACUUCUUGGAUGCUGAGCUGGAGGAUGAAGUCAAAGUGGAUAUCAGAAGAAGCAUGAUAGACGGUGAAAGAAGUCAAAUACGCUUCCACACACUUAUGAAGUCACAGGAUGAGCGUUACAUAGACAAGGGCUUUAGGACAUACACUUGGUCUCCAGUCACUGAUGCAGAUUACAGCCUUGCGUUAGUUCUGCCAGAUUACAGCAUGAGCUACAUCAAGGCCACUAUAGGAGACACCAUCACUCAGGCCAAAUUUUCUGAAAGUCUGCAGGUGGACAAAUUCGAGGAGUAUGGAUUUACUUUAAUAGCGCCAAGAGAUUACUGUGAAGACCUGAAGGCUCAGAGUGAAAACAUGACACAGUUCCUCAUCGACUUCAAUGAGUACAUCGAUGUGAAGACCCCAAAUGACCCACAGUGUAAUAUGGACUUAAUGAAUCGACUACUGUUGGAUGCUGGCAUCACCGCUGAACUGGCCAAACACUGGAACUCUAAGACCUUGAAUGACAGAAUCAAGGCUAAGUUUGUGGCGACAGAUGGCGGAGUCACUAGAGUCUAUCCCGCAAGUGCUGGUACAGAAUGGACCGGACAGGCCGAAACAUAUGAGUCCAGUUUCUACAAGAGAAGCUUGGACAAUGAUCUCUAUGUAUUUACACCACUGCCAUUUACAGGAAAUAAAACUGAAGAGUCAGUUUUAGUGAGCAGAGCAAUGGACUUGAGGAUCGAUGAAUUUUGGCUAAAACCAGCAGUUGUCGGUGUGAAACUGGAUGUACAAUCUUGGAUGGAAAGCUUUAUGAAUACCACAAUUACGCCUAAAUGUGAAGGUGAAAUAUGUGGAUGCAGAAGGAAUGAUGAGUAUCUGGACUGUGUUCUUCUAGACGAUGGAGGAUUCCUCGUCAUGGCCAAUCAGGAUAAAUACAUUGAUCGGAUCGGAGAGUUUUUUGGCGUGAUUGACCCCAGCCUAAUGAGAAAUCUGAUGAACGUUUCCCUGUUCUCUGUCAACAUAACCUACGACUACCAGGCCCUUUGCGAACCCACCAGAGAAUCUAAAGCCGCCGCUGGUCUGAGAUCAGUCUAUGUGCCCACCAUAGCUGAUAUCCUGAACAUUGGUUGGUGGGCUUCUGCAGCAGCCUGGUCAAUAAUGCAGCAGUUGUUCGUCAGCAUCACAUUUCCUAAUUUCCUUGAGGCAGUGGACGUAAGUGAUGAGUCUGAAACACCUUCUAAAGAGAGUUGCAUUAAAGAGCAGACGCAGUAUUUCUUCGACAGCAAUGACACAACUUUUAAGGGGACUGUUGAUUGUCAGAACUGCUCCAGGCAGUUUAUAGCUGAAAAGCUUAUGAAGACAAAUCUGGUGCUUAUUGUUGCUGAUACAGAGAUGUGCAGCCAGAUGUGUGAGGAAAAACCAUUUUCCCAAGAAGAAAAGCCUUCCCCUGGUCCAGAUCCCUGCAUGAUAUCGCAGAGCCCACGGUAUCGGAAAGGUCCGACGGAAUGCUUUGACAACAACGCCAAUGAAAAUAAUGAGCCAUGUGGAGGGGCAUCAGGUCUGACUCCAUCUCUCGUGUCCAUGGGCAUCCUCCAGCUGCUGCUGCUCUGGCUUCUGAUUGGACGAGGACACUGCCUCUCGUGACCUCAUCACACAGAGAAGCCACCACACCCCCUGUACGAUGCCAAAACACAGACCACAUCUGAACGCUCAUUCGGACUCGGCCCAGCACAUGGAGGGAGAUCCUUUGACCCAGGAAGUACAAAACCGACACCUCGAUCACUCACAGUCUAUAAGGUCAAAGUAGGUCAGCGAUGAUAAAUGAGCAGCGAACUUUGACAUUUGGCCUCUGAGGUCGGACUCUCUCCACAUGAGCGACAGGGUGGGCAGGUUUACCUGGGUGGGCGUAUGUCUACAUCCCGCCUUUAUAACAAAAAAGUAAUGAUCCAAUUGCAACACUGCCAACCAAAGUUUUGCCCUUUACCGGUCUGAUGCCUUUUUGUCCUCCGAUAUAUUUACACGGCUAAUUUCCUCAGAAUUACAAACUGUUUAUAUGUGACUUUUACGGCCUUGUCAUUGAGAUAUUUAAUGGAGCCCUCCGGGUCACCUCAGAGUCCAACCUUCUUUGUGGUCUGCAGCCCAUUACUGAAAAAAAGGGGGACAAAUGAGCAAACAACCCAAUGGAAAAAGUUUUGUUUUUCCCAGUGGUGUCCACCUUUGUGCCUCGAGAAUAUCGGUUUCAUUUCCGACUGAACAAUCCCUCCCUCCUUCUCUUCAUUCGAUACCCGUAUUCGCUAUCUCAUGCUCAUUUUUAGUGCAUUAAAACGUGCACCGCUGCCAAACGUUA